GUCUACACCCGCUGGCAUCCUUAGCAACCAUUGACAGCAGGAAGCUGGUUCUUUUUGCAUAUCAAGGUUUCCUUUUGCAUAUUAAGUAACCUGUCAGGCAAAAUGGUACUUAUACUUUAUGAAUAACUAGCACCAAUUGUUAUUAAUAUUAUUUAACCAAUGUUUAUUACCAGAUUAUUUCCAAUAUGUUAUGGAGAGACCAUUUCAAUAUUGUGGGUAGUCAUCCAGUUACAUUGGAAGCCACAUCUACACCAACAUUUCCAGUAAUCGGCCCUCAAAGUCAAGAACUUAACAAUCUGCUGAAGAUGAUUGAAUGGCCCCUGGCUCCAGCCAAUGUAUCCCUGGAAUUUUCCACCCACUCAAAGACUUCUCAAUAUUUUAUAAUCAAUCCUCGGGCUACUUAUGUGAUUGGUGAAUCACUGGAGGUUCUAAUUAUUGCUAAGGACCACAAGGGUCGGACAAAGAACUAUGGAGGGGAUUUAUUUCAUGUGAAGCUUCACUCUUUGAGUCUAAAAGCCGGAGUGAGUGGCACUGUUACAGACCAUAAUAAUGGUUCCUAUACAGCAAGGUUUAUUCUUCAGUGGUCUGGAGAAACUAUGAUCUCUGUUAGACUCAUGCAUUCCAGUGAAGCUAUCGCAAUUUUACAUCAAAAGAGGGAUACUCGACCAGACAAGCUGUUCUUUAAUGGCUACUUUGAGAAAAAUGGGACCCAGGAAGUGGUUGAAUGCAAUUUUGAUCUGCCUGGGCAGGAUGUCUGUGAAUAUUAUGAUCAGCACAAUGGAGAAAAGUGGGUGUGUCAGCGGCCAAAGGCUCUCCCAUGUGACUCCUAUUAUUACCACUCAAUGGGAGGAAUUCGCAAUGUCCUAAGCAAAGAAGAGAAACCAUUCUUCUCAAUAUCACUCAUUGACCAAGAAAUCCCAUCAAAACUUGGGUCGCUUAACGUCCUUCCUCAGAAGAAUGUCACAAAAGGUACAAAAGUUGUAUGUAAUCCUGGACUAAAGAAUCCAAACCCCUCAGGAUUUUAUUACCAAGAUGUCUGGAAAUCUCUGGUCUGCUCCAAUAAACAGUUUGAUAAUCAUACUGAAGCAGCAAAAUGCCUUGCUGGGAAGAUGGUCUACAUGUUCGGAGACUCUACAAUGCGACAGUGGUGGGAAUACCUUGUGGCUUUCAUACCAACUCUGAAGGUGAUUAGUCUUCAUGCGCCUCAAGCGAUAGGUCCAAUUCUGGCCACAGAUGCAGAACUCAAUUAUUUGGUGCAGUGGAGAGCCCACCAGAAACCUUUACGCAUGGCACGUAUUGGAGUACGUGACAUACACUACAUUGCUUCAGAGUUGAAUGACUUGGGAAUCCGGAGAGGGAUGGUCAUUGUGAUAACAUGCUGGAGUCACUUCGUUACUUACCCUGUUGGACUGUAUAUCCGACGGCUAUAUCACAUUCGAGAAGCGGCAGCUCGGCUGUUAGAGCGAAGCCCUGAAACGAAGAUCAUCAUCAAAUCGGCCAACACUGGCUACCGAUUUCACCACGGAAGUGACUGGUUAUCUUUGCAGCUGGACACAUUGAUGAGGGCUAUGUUCUCUAAUCUACCAGUCACCAUUCUUGACGUUUGGCAGAUGACCUCUUGCCACAGAGAACCUGAAAAUAUUCAUCCUCCAAAGAUAAUUAUUAAAAAUGAGGUAGACUUAAUGCUUUCAUUUAUAUGCCCUCGGUAAGAAUCAUAAGCCAAAUUCAGAAAGAAUUACGUUGCGCAGCGGCGGCGUAACGUAUCCCAUUUACGUUACACCGCCGC